AUGCCUUUACUUUUCCGGCAGUUCAAGUCGCUUGCGAAGCCCUUCGCUUACAUAUCGAAGCUCUCAGCAAGACAACCCAUUCAUGUUAUUCUGAUUACAAUCUCCCUGGCGGCUGUCGCAUACUUGUCGGUGGUUCGCAGCUACUUCAAUGGGUGGCAGCUGGACACCAAAAGCAUUUUCGCGGGUAACAGUGACGCCGAUCAGUUGCAAGACGAAUGCAUUCACUAUCUGCACGCAGGUGAUGCAGGCGCGUGGACAAAGCUGAGCGGCGAAGAAGUCGCUUCUGCUGUGUUCUCCGAGCACUACUAUCUUACGCAACUGGACUUCAAGUCGCACAACCGCACCCUCAGCCUACCCGAGCUGGAUAACGUUGUGGUUGAGAGCAAUGGCACCAAGUUCGUUCUCCAGGAGAACCUGACGCUACCCAAAGUGCUGCAUUCCAAGGACGGUACCACCUGGACACUGAGACCUCACCGCUUCAGACUCUACGACAUCAAAAAUGGUAUCAUCUCAACAAUCAGCACUUUGCUUGGGAAAAUUCAGGAUGCUGAGAUGUUUGACGUAUUCAUUAUCGGUACUGCUUAUGUUGCAAUGCUGUACACUGUUGCAGGUCUCUUUCUCGAGAUGAGAAAGAAAACCGAGUCGAAAUUCUGGAUUGCACUGGCCGCCAUUGUCGGUUCCACGAGUGCACUAUGCCUCGGACUGUACACUAGUCAAGUACUGUUGGAGCUGCCUGUCACCGCUUUGAGUUUGAUCGAAGGUAUCCCCUUCGUUGUCGUCAUUGUGGGCUUCAAUCACAAAAUUAGAUUGGCGUCUUACCUCCUCAAUUACUUAAAGAAGUACGGCUUUUCUCAAAAGUAUGACGCUUCUGAGCUAGUCUUCCACGCUAUGUGCGAAGAAGGCGCUCGCUUGCUACAAGACCAUUUAUUAUGCAUAGUCGCCUUCCUAGGGUGCUCUCUCUACGCUCACGACCUCACAGCGCUUAGAAACUUUUGCAUUUUGGCUUCAUUGGUUCUUUUCUAUGAUUUGAUCUUGACCUGCACAUACUACGCUUCCGUACUGGCUCUAAAGCUUGAAAUUAACAUUAUUCACCGUUCUACAAUCAUCAAGGAGACCCUCGAGGAAGAUGGUGUUAUUAAGAGCACCGCGGAGUCUGUAUCUGUUGCUGAAACCCAAUCGAAAGCUUCCAUUCUCACUUCAAACACCAGUGUCAUUCUACUGAAACUGCUCGUCGUUAUCGGCUUCAUAAGCUUCAACUUCUACAGCUUUGGUGCGAGAUGGACAUACCAGACGUUUUCAGCAUUAUACUCAAAGCCAUCAGACCCUGUUCUACCAGACUUCAUUUCAGGUAGCUUAGGAAAGAGCGGUUCGAGUAGUGUACUGAUAUCCUUGGUACCUGCACAGUACUACCAGCCAAUGAAGGUAUACUUUCAAGUCGAAGAUUUGAUCUUGUCUACUCUGCGUUAUGUGAGUGUGUCCAUCCGUGACAGAUUUAUCAGUAAACUUGUACUGUUUGCUCUAGUUGUGAGUGCGUCCAUCAAUAUCUAUUUAUUGAACGCUGGAAGAAUCCACACGGAGUUUACCGCUAAACAACUGCAGAAACUCAACAAAAAAAAAUCAUCUGCUGCCUCCAAACAACACGCUACCGAAAAAACUAACGGUAAGUCUGUAGCCCCUGCCCCAAAGAAACCUAUUUCCCCUCCUUUGACAUCUAAGUCAUCAUCCGAAGAAGAAAGCGAGAGCGACCUAGAUGAGAAAACUGUGCGCCCUCUAGAGACCCUAGCAGAAAUCAUGAAGUCUGGGGGAGUCAAGAGCAUGAACAACAGAGAAGUUGCUUCCCUAGUCGUCGGAGGCAAGUUGCCACUGUAUGCAUUGGAAAAGCAACUGGGUGACACAACGCGCGCUGUUGUCGUUCGUCGUCGCGCAUUGGCUAGACUUGCUGACGCUCCUGUACUUGAAACCGACCGUUUGCCAUACAGACACUAUGAUUACGACCGCGUUUUGGGAGCUUGUUGUGAAAACGUUAUUGGUUAUAUGCCUCUCCCAGUAGGUGUCAUCGGUCCCCUAGUCAUAGACGGCGUUCCCUACCACAUCCCAAUGGCUACCACCGAAGGUUGCUUGGUAGCCUCCGCAAUGCGUGGAUGCAAGGCUAUCAACGCUGGUGGUGGUGCCACUACCGUUCUAACUAAAGAUGGUAUGACUAGAGGCCCAUGUGUCAGGUUCCCAACACUGGCAAGAGCUGGCGCUUGCAAGAUCUGGCUUGACUCUGAAGAAGGUCAAAAUAGGGUCAAGAAGGCUUUCAACUCCACGUCCCGUUUUGCCCGCUUGCAGCACUGUCAGACCGCCUUAGCAGGCGACUUGUUGUUUAUUCGUUUCAGGACUACUACUGGUGAUGCUAUGGGCAUGAACAUGAUUUCCAAGGGUGUCGAAUUCUCCUUGAAGCAAAUGGUUGAAGAAUUCGGCUGGGACGACAUGUCAAUUGUUUCCGUGUCAGGCAACUACUGUACAGACAAGAAGCCAGCGGCAAUUAACUGGAUCGAAGGUCGUGGUAAGAGUGUUGUUGCCGAAGCUAUCAUUCCUGGUGACGUGGUGCGCAAGGUUUUGAAGAGCGAUGUCAAGGCUUUAGUUGAACUGAACAUUUCCAAGAAUCUGAUUGGAUCAGCCAUGGCUGGCUCUGUCGGUGGUUUCAACGCCCACGCUGCCAAUUUGCUAACUGCUGUUUAUUUGGCCCUGGGACAGGACCCUGCGCAGAACGUGGAGAGUUCUAACUGUAUCACGUUGAUGAACGAGGUCAACGGCGAUCUUAAGAUCUCUGUGUCCAUGCCUUCGAUCGAGGUGGGCACUAUCGGUGGCGGUACCAUUCUGGAGCCCCAGUCUGCCAUGUUAGACCUGCUAGGUGUCCGCGGACCACAUCCUACGGCUCCCGGAGACAACGCACGCCAACUGGCUAAGGUUGUGGCUUGCGCGGUUCUUGCCGGUGAACUUUCUCUGUGUUCCGCGCUGGCCGCCGGCCACUUGGUGCAGAGUCACAUGAUUCUAAACCGUGGAAAAAGCACGCCAGCGACCCCGGCAACCCCGGCGACCCCUCAAGAGGGCGUCAAGCGCCUCAAAGAGGGCGCCGUCAAUUGCAUCAAAUCGUAA